AUGUACCGCUUCGUAAAGGAAAUCAUCGGCCACCUGGGUAUGUUGCCUAAAGCACGACCAAUGUCGUCGAGAGUUCCAUCAAAAGCUGCUGCCACAAGCGAAAAGUGCAAGCAGAAAAUAUGCGAAGAUCGUGCGCGUGAUUUGGGGAUAUUCGAAGAAACGACCCCGAAACGGUUGCAGGUGUUGAGUCCGCAGAUGUGGCGCCCGUGUCCAGAUCCGCCGAAACCGCGCCAAUUCAGCUGCGACGAUGUCGCGCUGUUGAACAUCCCACGCCGUAAGCGAGAACCGGUUCUGAAGAAAACAAGUUGUACGACACCGGCACCCAGCAUCGAGGCACCGGAGUGCAUCAAAAUCAAGGAAGAUCUGUGCAUGCGUGUCCAGGUGCCCGGCUGUGGCAAGGUAAAGUUUCCACCGAAAUGUGAGGCCGCAUUGCCGGUGCGCGAUUGUGUGAAACCGGAACCACCGGUACCGUCGUUUUCUGAGGCGUAUAAAAAUCCGUUUCCGCCGCUACCGAUCUCCGAAUGCUUGUGUUACGACGCGAGGAAAGUGUGCUAA